AUGCUCUCAACAUCAGAGACCGAAAGGUCGACGCCUCAACGGCCUCUAUCGACAUCAUCGAAUCAUACGACUCAGGUAGAUGGAAACAACCUUCCCAAAGGAUCUCACAACCCUUCAUCGACCUCAUUUCAGAUAGUUGCCGAGAAGUCUGGCGCCCCGACCGGAGAUAGCACACCCUCUAACGAAGCCGAAGAUGGAACAGAAUACCCGGGAAAAUUUGCUCUUUCUUUCAUCGUCGUGGCUCUCAUCCUUGCUAUCUUCCUAAUUGCCUUGGACAUGACCAUUGUUGCUACUGCAAUUCCUACAAUUACUGCGCAGUUCAAAUCGUUAGAUCAAGUGGGCUGGUACGGAUCGGCGUUUUUCCUGACUGUGGCUUCGUUCCAGUCCACAUGGGGGAAAGCGUUUAAAUACUUCCCACUGAAAACAGUCUUCAUGCUUGCUAUCUUUGUCUUUGAAAUCGGUUCCUUGAUUUGUGCUGUCGCAAAUAACAGCACCACCUUGAUUGUUGGUCGAGCUAUUGCCGGUGCCGGCGCUUCCGGCCUCACUGGUGGUGUCUACACGAUCAUUGGAUUCUCAGUACCACCUCAACAACGUCCUGCUUUUACAGGUAUACUCGGAGCAACUUAUGGUGUGGCCAGUGCAAUUGGUCCUCUUCUUGGUGGCGUUUUCACCGACAAGGUAUCAUGGCGAUGGUGCUUCUACAUCAACCUCCCGGUCGGAGGCAUUAGCGCCGCCAUCAUUCUAUUUUUCUUCACUGCCCCGCCAGCUUCUAGACCAGUCAAGGCCCCUAUACGCGAGAAGCUAUUGCAGAUGGACCUGGUUGGAACAUUCACAAUCAUGGCAGGCGUAGUCAGCUUCCUCCUAGCCAUGCAAUGGGGAGGGACCACCAAAAAGUGGUCGGACUCCACCGUCAUUGGUACCCUGGUUGUUUUUGGACUGCUAGUCAUCUGUUUUAUUGUGAACGAAUGGUGGAUGGGCGACCGAGCACUCCUUCCCCCACGUUUGUUCAAGACGUGGAACAUCAGGAUCAGUUCCAUCUACAUCUUCUUUUUCGCUGGACCAUUCUUCGUUUUGAUUUACUACCUUCCCAUCUAUUUCCAGGCAAUCAAGCAUACCUCAGCUUCCGAUUCUGGAAUCCGAAAUCUGCCAUUCGUACUGGCAGUCAGUAUAUUUUCCACACUCUCUGGUGGUCUCAUCGCGACAUUUGGCCACUUCAGCUACCUUAUGGUUCUUGGUUCUAUCAUGCUCACUGUUGGCUCAGGCCUCGUCUAUACCUUUGGGCUUGACACACCAUCAAGCACUUGGAUCGGGUACCAAAUUCUUGCCGGUAUUGGAGGAGGCCUUGCCCUUCAGAUCCCAGUCAUUAUCAGCCAAGCUCUAGUAAAAUCUGAGGACCUCUCCAGCGCGACUGCGAUGAUUCUCUUCAUCCAGACCAUGGGAGCUGCCAUCUGGGUGUCUGCAGCUCAAACGGCGUUUGUGAACAAGUUAAUUAAGAGACUUCCUGAGGUCGCUCCGCGUGUCAACCCGGUCCUAGUGAUCAAAACUGGAGCCUCGGAGCUACACAAAGUGUUCUCUGGAAAGGAUCUCGAGGGAGUUCUUGUUGCAUAUGGCGAUGGCUUGAAGGUCACCUUCAUUGUCUGCGUAGCUCUUGCUGGCGUUUCUGUUUUCGCUGCUGCUUUUAUCAAGCCCCUUAACCUGAAUAAGCUGCAGAACAAGAACACAGUCGGAUUUGCUUGA